AAGUUUUUAAGAACCGGAUUUUUAGGGACAUUUCUGCAGGAAGAAUAUGGGCCAAGCAUGCUAAUGGUUUGGUGCAUUAGAUCCUGGAUUAUUAUACAAGAAAUAACAGGCAAGACCUCGCUAACAUUGUUAGAAGAAGAGGGUAUAAACUUCUCAAGGAGCUUCUCUCAACUUCCAAGCCACCAAACUAUGAGGAGUGCAGUGGAGAGGAUGGCCUUGUUGAAAAAAGUGAAGAUGAAUCGUUAGGUCAGGAUGGAAAGAUGAUAGACAUGGCUCAUGAUGUUUCCUUACCAAAUGAAGCGUCUGCAGUAGAUGAGUACACGAAUGAUGCAAACAAUGACAAAAUGCUGAACUCUGAUGAGCAAAAUUCUAGUGAUCAAGAACCUUCAGGCUAUUCCUCCUUGGAAGAAAAGGUGGCCAAUUUUAUUCAGAAUGGAGAACUGGAUAGUGUAGAGGAUAGUAGCUUUGAAAUUUUCAAUGAAAGAGGUUUUGAGCAAAUGGUGGGAUCUGUUGUAGGGCAGAAUGUUGUAAAAACAGAAUCUACUACUCCUAAGGAGCAUAAAGAUCUUGUUCUCUGUAACAAUAAUGGUGCUGAGAUAUUUAAUGGAAAUUCCAUGCCACCAUCAACCCAGCAUGCUGAACAUCCUAGCGGGCAGAGUUUCCGAAUGAGGAAUAAUAGUCUUUCAACUGAAGACUUAACCAUGACUGAAGGGAGAAAUAGUGCUGAUGUUGAGCCCCCAAAAGUGGAGAAUCAAGCUGAAAUUAUUCGUCUCAAGUUCAUGCUGCAUCAGAAGGAGCUGGAGUUAACUCACCUGAAGCAGCAGAUUGAAGAGGAAAAGUGUUUACUGUCUAGUCUGCAAAUCAAAGCUGAAAGAGAAAUCAGCGAAGCACAAAGACGUAUUUCGGAAAAAGAUGCAGAGCUAAAUGCUGCUGAAGAUAGCCUUUCAGGACUGAAGGAGGUUGAAAUUCAGUAUUGGGCGGAUGGGGAAAGUGUUGAGGUGGCUGGCAGCUUCAACGGGUGGCAUCAUAAAGUAAAAAUGGAACUACAAGCAUCAUCCACCAUUAUAGAUCCCAUUGACCAAGAUAUACAAACAUCAUCAGAUACAAUAGAUCCCGUUGGCAUGAGGAAACCUCGACUAUGGAAAACCGUGUUAUGGCUGUAUCCAGGGAUAUAUGAGAUAAAAUUCGUUGUUGAUGGCCACUGGACAACUGAUCCCCAAAUGGAGUCUGUUACAAGAGGUGCAAUACAAAAUAAUGUACUACGUGUUGAUAGAUGAGUUGGGCUAUUGCAUUCCCACAUGCACAUACAGAGACGAUGGCCAUCAGCAGGAAGAUUAUGCAGUCCACGGAUCAUGUUGCAUUUAUGUUGUUGCAAAUCAAUGAGCUGAUCCAUGCAACUUGAAGGUCACGGGCUUCUUCUACUUGUAAACGCCUCAACCCAUUUGAAGACCGGGGAAGUGGACUACUUGCACAACUCAACAGCUGCUGUUGAAAAUGUCUAGUUUUUGCCUGUAGAGUUCUUAUAUGCACAAAGUUGAGCCAGGGGCAGCAAAAUGUAGCCCAGUAGGAUGAUUUUUUAUAUAGUUGCCUGCGAAUGGAACUGUAUAGGAGGAUAUUUACCUACAAAUUAUCAUCAUUGAUUGUACAGUAGUGAAAUCUUUGCAUGCCUCCUAUGUUCACAUUUUUUUUUGUUAAUUUUAAACAUUAACAGAACUAGUAUUCAGCAA